UGUUGACGGACGAGAAUCCGUCCUCGGCCGCGGUCGGACGCCCGCUGUGGCGCGCGGCGGGAGGAGCGAAGAUGGCGGGAGGGUGCGGCCAAGAGGCUGAUGGGAUUGUGGCGGACCCAGCGGCAAAAUGGCGGCCGUGCGGCCAGGGAGAGGCUCCUUCAAGGUGCUCUCCUCAGUUCCUCUUCAGAUGCUGUUUCACCUCAGUGGGCUGUACUAUGCCCUGUACUUCCUAGCUACACUCCUGAUGAUUGCAUAUAAAAGUCAGGUUUUCAGCUAUCCUCGUAACUAUCUGAUCCUGGAUCUGGUCCUUUUGCUUCUGAUGGGAGUUCUCGAAGUAGCUCGGCUAUACCUAGGCACAAAAGGGAACCUGACAGAGACCGAAGUGCCACUGGCUGCCAGCCUUGCAUUCACAGCAAUCAGUGGCCUCCUUUCCGUUCACUUCUUGCUCUGGCAGACCUUGGUACUGUGGCUGGACACAGUUCUCAACACCAUUCUCUUGGUGCUGCAUGGGCUGGAGAUUGGCCUACAGGUGGUGGUCAUUGCCAACUUCAUCAGGUAGAUGGUCCAGGGUAACCUGCACAGCAGGGCUCCUCAGCCUCCAGCCAACUUUUUUGCCAAGACAAGGAGGGUACCUUUUUUUUAAUUGAUUGUCUAUAGAUAGAUUUAUAUGGUUUCUAAUAUUUUUUUAGUGAGGGGGGUACAGAAACCAAAGAGGGACAAACUUUCAGAAACUUGAAGAUGGCCAUCAUGGACAGAAGUCUACUGAAUCCCAGAGAUGUCUGCUCAUAUCCUGUGGCUGGGGUUCUGGCUGUAACAGCAGAACCACCAGUGACUGACAGGCCAGUGGAAGGUAAAGCCUUUCAGGAAGUCAACACCUGGGGGCAGCUCAGCAGCUCCACCUUGUCUCAGCACCAGAAACGCAGCAUCCUGGCAGGAGGACUUGGCUGUGUUGGUCUGUCACCAUGUGUUUUCUCACACAGGAAUUACUGCCUUCGGUGCAUCCCACACUGGUACUGGUUCUUUCUGGGAGCCUGCUGUACUCUUCUUGUCAGACCUUGGUCCAGGCCUGGGAUCAGCCUGGAGCUGCAGAAUUGCAGGCCUUGUAUUCCAGUGUUCCCCCAAUUUGGCUCCCUGUCAGGCCGGCCUUGAAUGAAACUGCUUGGUUUCCAAAAGGAAAUAAAAGCAAAUGUAUGCCAAGUGUGGUGGCAUACAAACACCUUUAAUCCCAGCACCCAGAGGCAAAGACAGGCAUAUCUUUGUAAGUUCAAAACCAGCCUGGUCUACAUAGUUGCAGAUCAGCCAGGGUUACAUAGUUAGACCUUGUCUCCUUGUCUAAAAAAAAAAAAAAAAGCCAGACAGCUGGGUAUUAUGAUGUUCAUCUCAGCUGUUUUGGGGGGUGGAGAUAGAAGCCUGGGGAGUUAUAGGGAGCAAAAGACAGAAUAAAAGAACAGUCUAGGAUUCUGGGAGUCACAGUCCACUAAACUGGCACCUUUGUAGAGUACCAAGGGACUUCCUCUCUUGUUUUUCCAUUCCUAGCCCAUUUUUUUUCUUAAAAAAAUACUUAAUCAGUUUAUAGUUUCUUUUGUUUGUUUCUGUUAUGUGUUUUCUGUUUGUGAUGCAGGCCUCAAAUAUCUAGUAUCUCUUUUUAAAAAAUAAAUAAUGAUACUGUCA